AUGGCUACAGUCUUCAUUCUGGCACGCCCAACCCCUUCUCUUUACUUUACAAAAUAUCUCCAGGUGUUUCAUUGCCCUGCAAUGCAAAGUCCAUUGCUUAAAGGUUGGAACUCUGGGUUGAACAUAAAGCAGAAGGAGAUGUUCAAGCCCUUUACUUCAAUAACUCCAAUAGAGUGGAGGAGGAGAUCUUUGAUCUGUGCAGUCAAUCAAGAUGCUGAGAAAGCUUUCAAAAAGACUGUAGAAGUUGACAGACUCAUCUAUAUGCCGAGGGAGGCAAAUCCGAAUGAACUUCAGAAACUAGUUUUUGAAAACAUCCUUGCUUUCAGUGAGAGCUUCUGGAUUCUACUUGCUGCAAGAACUGACACUUGCAAAUCAGAUGAUCAUCAAGCACGGUUUUUGAAAGAUUAUGAGGAACUGGCUACUGCUGUAAUGAGCAUAAUCGACUGUGUUCUUUCCUUUUGUCAUUCUAUUCCUUAUUGAUUCUUUUUCCCCUUUUGACAGGAAAAGAUUGAUUCAGCAACUGAUGUUCUUAAGGGGAUCUUGAAACCUGUAGUCCAUGAGGAGGAAGGGAUUCCACGGCCCCCUGAAGUUCCUGAGGCUCUCAACCAAAUGGAGAAACAAAUAUUUCAAAUGGAGCACACAGGGCAACUAGAUGAAGGUUUCCUUGCAGAAGUCAGCACACAAUUACAACAAGUGAAUAGUAUGUUGCUAAAGGUUCUGCCAAUCUAUGCUUCUACAGUUCUCUCGAAACGUAGUUAUGCCAAGAAGGGGAAUGAAGCGUUGAAGGCUGAGAAGUGUCUUGAAACCUUGAUAAAAGUUCCUGAGCAAGAGUGGAACAAGCUUUUGAUUGAUGGAUUAGUUGUUGGUAAAGGAGAAAUUUCUCCAGAAGAUUUUUGUGCUGUAAUCAAGAAAUGGAUCGAGCUGACUUUAAUCCGAACGAUAAGAGGCACACUUUGCCUUGAAUUUCUUUUGGCUAUAAAUUGAACUCUUUUCCAGAACUUUUUCUCUUAUCACCCCCUCAUUUUUUGUUCUCUCUUUUCAGGAUGGAGGUUCUU